ACAACAACAACAACAAUGUGAUCCAAUGGCAACAGUACAAAGGAGGAAAGGAAGACGGGAGAAAAUGACUUGCUGACGUGGCGGAGUAUCAACACUCCUACAGCGACGCACUAAUGUGGCAGUCUGGACUGUGGCGAGGGAACGCUCGCCGCGGCAUUACCACAUAAGGGAAAAUGGGGAAACUAGUAACAGUGGAAACCUGGUGAUAACCAAUGUAUAUAUAGUAAAAAAGAAAAAGGAAAAAGCUUAUGCCACAAUAAAACCCAAAAAUUAUUUUAACAUCCGUUGUUUGAAGCAGAUAAAAGAAAAAAAAAAGGAUGGUGUGACGCAUUACUGAUAUGAGACACUAAAGUUCGGUAAGGCGGUUGAGAUAAGCCAAUGUUCAUUAAGACACGAAUUAUUGUGAAAGAACAUUAUCAAUGAUGAAUAUUCCCUUCAAAUGAGGAAAAGAAAGACAUAACCAUGAAGCGAGGCCGUAGAGUUACUUCAUCACUGGUCUUAAUCACAUUUUUCUACUUAAGCUAUAUGAUUUUUCUAUCAAGUCCAAAAAGCACCGAAUCAAAACAUGAAAUUAUCAAUAAAACACACCAAUCAGUAGUAUAUGGCAGUCCGUCUUUGAAAGCACCCAUGGUAAUAGCAAUCUGUCAAUCCGUUACGGGCAGAGAGGCAUCAUCGACAUCCAGCACCGUGACACUUAAUGAAAGGGUACGUUCGUGGUCAAGACAAGCAGAACAGCUCACCACCAUGCUAAAAACCUUGCUUUAUUUCACAAAGUCUCCGCUGUGGCGCAUCAUUGUCAUGACCGACACUCUUGACACCUUCAACAAAGUGCUCAACCUCACCGCCAGCCUUCCACGUCGCCGCCUCCUCCUGCAGCACCGGCCCAUCUGGUUGCCGCGGAACGAGCCCGUCAUCAAGAGACACUGGCGCCCGUGUGCGUGGGCCAAACAGUUCAUGGCGGAGGCGCUUCCUGACCAAGACUCGGCAGUGUAUGUGGACACAGACGUAGUGUUUCUAGGCCCUGCCGAGGAGCUGUGGUGGCUGCUACACUCCAUGGGCCCUCGGCAAGCCCUGGCCCUGGCCCCCGAACCUCAGUACCUACUCGACACUCCCAAGCGACCCUUCGCAGGCAGAGUGGGACUCAAUACGGGCGUCAUGGUGGCAAACCUGACACGUCUGCGCCAGCUGCCUGGAGGAGGCCUAGGCAGCGCCAUACUUGACUUUGGAGUCAUUACACCGCCACCUCGCCACGACCAGGACGCCCUCAACCAUUAUCUCCUACACAAACCUCACCUUUUGCUGGAGGUGACGUCACGCUGGAACUUUUCCCCUACCUGUUGCUUCCGUGAGGCGCCACCUUGUGCAGACUGCCUCUCGGCUGGCAUUCUCGUGCUUCACGGCUCUGAAGCCACUUUCUUCAGAAGUAUUGACAGAAAAUUUUUGUUGGUAUAUGCCACCAUGGCCGCUAUGAAACUUGAGGACAGCCCACGACUUCUGCUAGCAGGACUAGCGUGGCGCUUGGCGAUGCUUGAUACGUGGAGCCACGACUACAUCUGCAGUAAUUAUACUAACUUUAAUCAGGGCCUCACUCUGGCACUUCAUGAAGCAGCAAUAGAACAAAUCUGAAAAAAAAUCACGAAAAACUUAUAAUAUAUAUAUAUAUAUAUAUAUAUAUAUAUAUAUAUAUAUAUAUAUAUAUAUAUAUAUAUAUAUAUAUAUAUACGCAUAAGCAAAGUUCUUAGGAUCAGCAGCAAGGAUAGAAGCAAAAAUAAUGGGUUCAAGUUUUAGAAAAUUAGGUUUAAGAAAGAAAGGGGAAGGAAUUAAUAAUGUGGUUGAUGAAUGAAACGAAAUCAAUAAUCGGGCUGUUAGCGUUGUCAAUAGGGAGCUUUGAAAAAUUAGCCAAAUAUUACAACCUGGAUGAUGAUUGACGGCAGAUCUAGGAUAAAAAUUUGGUAGUACGUACCUAUUAAGAUUGAUAGCAGCUCCAAAGGAGCCUUGUCAGUAUAUAAGCACCCUUGAGAAAUCUAGUCGUUUUAGAAAAUCUUAUUCCAUAUAUACCUAUUAUCCU